AAAAAAGUCAAAAAGGUUGUAAAGUCGAAGCGCGUGGUUGCAGCAAAAUUUUCCCAAUUUUCUGCACCCUGCACCCCGGUAGCCAGCGAAAACUGGAGCGUCCGACGUGAAACGGAACUCGGCACGGGUUUCCUUUCCAGCACGGUUUCGUUCUCUAGGUUUUUCCGAUUAUUUUUCCCGUUUUUGUCCGGUCGGCGAAAAACGUACCACGUCGGCGGUCGUCGUGUACGAGAGCUCGCGGUGUGAAGUUGCUAGUGUGCGUGCGUGUGUGUGCGAGUGCGUACGUGUGUGUCCGUGCGGUGCUAGUGGCUGCUAGUUUCUUGGGCCAAAAGAAACGGAGAACGUGUUAUCCUCCCGUUUCCGCUUUUCCGUUCCGAACAUCCCGACACUGUGGGUGGCAGUUUCCACCCUUUUUUUUGUUCCGUUCCGGAUUCAGUUUUUUUGCGGUCGACGGCGCCCGAUUUCCGUCUCCCCCUUUUACCCGUGAGCCCUGCGCUGCACUCUAGCAGCAGUACCCCCAUUCAUUGGUCAGUUACGUUGCACACGCACCACCGUUACGUGUGCGUAUGCGAGUGCGUGUGUGUGUGUGUGCGUAGAGUGAAAUUCCGGUGCAAGGCAGUAGCGCAAAGUGCACCGUAAUCCGAACGCCGAAACAAAAAGGUCCCAGAACCAGAGUAAUCCGGUCACUCCCCCCUCCGCCUAGUGUGCUCCGGUGGUACCCGAAAGAUAGCAACGGCGAGACGUCGCGAGCGUACACCUAGGGAGUUGAGACAGCCAGCAGGCAAGUGAGAAGUGAGAUUCGUCGACCAGCGAGCGAGUGAGCGAGUGAGCGAAAAAAUGGCACAGGAAAACGAUAGCAACGAGAUGAACACCAAGUUCAGCAAGCUCAACGUGAAUGCGGUCGAGUUUGUGCCGAGCUUUUGCACACCGGCGGCGACGGCGGUGCAGACGGCGGCGGCCGCGGCCGCACCGGCGGGUACACCUGCGACGGGUUCGCCGACGGCACCGGUAGCCGGACCGCUUCCGGUAGCCGCACCAGCAUCGUCGGCCACGUCGAGCGGUGGCAGCAGCAGCGGCGGUGGUGGAGGGGGCGGCGGCGGAGGUGCCACUACGCCGACGUCCACAGCUGCCACACCAACACCGCCCUCCUCGUCGGCGCCGACACCGAUGGAACGGGACGAAGAUCCGGUGAAAACGCCAGAAAACAAUGAAAGUGAACCGCUCGACAGUUGGGACGCGGAGGAGGAUUCGAUCCUGACGCCGGAAGAUGAAGAAAUGGAAUUGGAUGAUGGCGAGGUGGACGGAGACGCCGCACCGAAAGUAUCGAAAAAGAAGCCCCCCAAGGUGGAGGAAAGCCGAAGCAAAAAGGAGCACGUGAACGUGGUUUUCAUUGGCCAUGUCGAUGCCGGUAAAUCCACGAUCGGUGGACAGAUCAUGUCGCUCACGGGAAUGGUAGAUAAGCGAACACUGGAAAAGUACGAACGCGAGGCGCGCGAAAAGUCGCGAGAAAGCUGGUACUUAUCGUGGGCGCUCGACACGAAUCAGGAAGAACGUGACAAGGGAAAAACGGUGGAAGUUGGUCGUGCCUAUUUUGAGACUGAGAAGAAACAUUUCACCAUCCUCGACGCACCCGGGCACAAGAGCUUCGUGCCGAACAUGAUCGGUGGUGCUGCCCAGGCGGAUCUGGCCGUGCUGGUGAUUUCCGCGCGCAAGGGUGAAUUCGAAACCGGGUUCGAUCGGGGCGGUCAGACGCGGGAGCACGCGAUGCUGGCGAAGACGGCCGGCGUGAAGCAUUUGGUCGUGCUGGUGAACAAGAUGGACGACCCGACGGUUAACUGGGACCUUGAGCGCUACAACGAAUGCAAAGACAAAAUAUUACCAUACCUCAAGAAGCUAGGAUUUAAUCCGGUGAAGGAUCUUACGUUCAUGCCGGUGUCCGGCAUUACUGGGCAGGGAUUGCGGGAACCAAUCGAUGACGCCACGUGCCCGUGGUACCAGGGCCCAGCCUUUAUUCCGUUCAUCGACGAGCUGCCGUCGCUCAAUCGCAAAACGGACGGCCCGUUCAUUAUGCCGAUCGUCGACAAAUACAAGGACAUGGGUACGGUGCUGAUGGGCAAGGUGGAAUCCGGCGUGGCAAAGAAAGGCACCAAUCUGCUCGUGAUGCCCAAUAGAACGCAAGUGUGCGUUGAUCAGCUGUGGUCCGACGACGAAGAGGUAACCUCGGUGGGGCCUGGUGAAAAUGUGAAAAUCAAAGUAAAGGGCAUAGAGGAGGAGGACGUCUCGCCAGGAUUCGUCCUGUGUGACGCUUCCAAUCCGAUCAAGACGGGCAAGAUUUUCGACGCACAGGUGGUCAUCCUAGAACACAAGUCAAUCAUUUGUGCGGGAUACUCGGCCGUGAUGCAUAUACACUGUGCCGCUGAGGAGAUUACUGUUAAGGCUCUUAUUUGUUUAGUUGAUAAGAAGACGGGAGAAAAAUCCAAGACAAGGCCGCGCUUCGUGAAGCAGGAUCAGGUCGCCAUUAUGCGGAUUGAAUGCUCCGGAUUGAUAUGCUUAGAGCAGUUUAAACUAUUCCCCCAGAUGGGUCGCUUCACGCUUCGAGAUGAAAACAAAACUAUCGCUAUCGGAAAGGUCCUGAAGGUUGUGGAGUAAUGUGUGACCAAGUCCAUCCUUCUUCGGUCCAGCCACCAACACGAAAGAACCGCUCGUUUCACAUUGGCAGCCCGCAGCAGCAACAAACAGUGUCCUUUUUGAUCAUCCACGUGCAUAUUGACCAUUGAAAAUCUCACACUCUUUACAAACCACACACACGCACACAGGCACCACACAGUCAUCAGCCAACCAGCACUGCGGAUACACAUACACGCGCACACCCAGGCCACGCCACAUCGUUCCGUCGUUGCGCGCCGCUACCCGCACCGUUAAAAAAAAAAAGAUAUUGAAGCAAACCGUUUAUUCCUCCCAACCGUGCUUAUCCGAUUACCGUUACCGCGGACAUCCGGUCCGAACUUUCUAUUGUUGGCUGAAUCGCUUACGCUCCUCUCUUCUUGGCUGUAUCGACGUGCGGGCGUGUGCGUUCAGCUUGUCUAUCUUCUUCUCGAUUAGUGUAACAACAUUCUGAACUCUCACUCUCUCUGUAUGCCCUCCCAUUGUCUCUAUAUCCCCCUCUCGGUCCGAACCGUACCAUAGAUGUGGAAUUGAAUCAAGCCCGUGUUUCUCUGCCGGUGUGCGAGCGAAGGAACACCCGUAUUAUAGCUAUAUUAUUCGAGCAUUAAAUCACACGAACCAAUCGCGCGGACUCGCACACACACACACAUUAAGCCAGCGAAAUAACCUCUGCCCAGGGCCCAGAUUAGAGGACGAGAUGACGGGUGACGCGCGAACCCACUUAUGAGCAACUGUGUACAGGCAUGUUUUUUACACCCAUCUCCCAUUACCCCCUCCCACCACCACAACACACCAGCUUCCUUCCGAGCAGGGUAGUGGGCCCCCUCCAAUACACCGUUGGUGGGCAAUCGUGGCAGUGGGCUCAAAACAAAACUCAGUAAAAUGUAACAAAAAAACAAAUGGAAAACACCACACACAACAAAUCGCAAACGAGCAGCAAAGCAGCGUACACUUAUAUAGGCUAAAACGGUAAAGCAAAUGACACGUGUCGACUGAAUGAAUGAACUGAAUGAACGCUCCGGUUUGGUCCCAGCAAGCACCUAACGUCAGAUAAUGAACCUCCGGUGUGCCGACGAGUGCGAUACCCGGCAGAGAGCAGCUAAUAUACGACGCAUGCAUCAGGAACAAUAAUAUUAAACAUGAUAAUCGUAACACUGUUUUGGAGAGUGGAGUGAACUAAACGCCGGGAAACAUGAAACAGGAAGAGGAAGGAUACGCGUGGAAAUGAUCCGCGAAUAUAAAAACGGAACAGGAAAGGGCGUUGCGAUUUAUUGGAGAUCGAUGAUGGCAAGCAAGCAAGAAGUAACAGGAACGCAACCGCACCAGCUAACCAGACACAGGUGGUCGAGCGAGAGAGAGAGAGAGAGAGAGAGAGAGAGAGAGAGAGAGAGAGGGUGAGUGAUAAGUAAGUGGAGUGGUUAAAAUGAACGCGCGGCGGGGACAUUAUACAAAAAAAGGAAGGGAGCAGCAUCCAAAAUCUGCCCCGUUUUAUAUCCUCCAUCCGCGCAGAAGAACUUUUAAAGUUGCCGCCACCACCACGCAUCAUGUUGUAAGAGAAGAACUUUGAUUGUUUGUCUCUGUUUGCAAAGUUUUGUGUAUGUGUGUGUGUUUUUUUUUCCUUUUCACUCCAUUUUUCUUUUAAAUUUUCAUCCCCAUUGUGUUAUUGGUGUCGAGAGACACACGCGAAGCAAAGCAACGCAUAACGCAAGCUCGAGAGGGAGAAGGAUAUGUAGUAAGGUAACAAGCAAAGAGCAGAAAAUGGGAUUUGCGCUGGCAGUGAUGGCUGAUAGUCGAUCGGUUUAAGGGGGAAGAUCGGGAGAGCUAUAUGGCCAAAAACGAAGCAAACAAAGUAAGGAAACCGGAAGUACACGAAAAUAACGCACGAAACCCAAUAAACCGCAAAGGAGCCGCGGAAGCAUGAGGAUUGUCUAACGAAUUAUGGUUUGCUAUCCAUAAGUUAUCGCUAUCGUUGUACUUGUUGCAUGGUUAUUUUUUAAACAUCCAUUGAUUGAUUGGUUCUGUGUUUGUUUUCCCCCUCCCUUUUUUCGCUUUUGCUAUAAAUGAUGCACGGUUUAUUGUUGUAAGGUUUCUCUUAUUUGCUUUUACAUUUUUCAUUUGCUACUAUUAAUUGGUUCUAGCACACACACACACACACGCGUUCAGGAACGCAUAUAUACGAUCGUUCGGAUGAACCAACCAAAAGAAAUGAAAGUGUGUGUGUGUGUGUUGUUAAUAGGAUAUUAUAAAUGAGGGGAACGACACAACAAUCGAGUUGAGUUUGACAAAAAAGUUUGCAGGCAGAUGAAAACAGUUUUGUUGGUGCAUUAAAAGCUGCGCAGCAAACAAACAGAAACAAAAACGAGAAUGAACGGAGCAACAACACAAAAACACACACACAACAGUGCAUAAGAGCAGUACGUACAUAUACAUAUAUAAGAAGAUGAAAACUGAACUUGUUAAAGCAGAAGAACGAAG